AUCAUCACAAUCAUUUACUUCAAACAACAAUCUUUGCUUCUCUGAGUGAUCUUCUUUCUUGUUCAAUGGCAGGUCAAAAGAUACUUUCUUUACUGGUUAUAGCUCUUGUUGUUACUUUUGCAGCUGCGGCUCGGCUUCUUGAUGAAGAAGAUGCAUUCUCAGCUACCACUGGCUCUGGUUCAACUGCUGGAUCAGGUUCCACGGGAAUUGGUUUUGGUGCGGGAACAGGGUCAAGUGGUUCAGGUUCCACGGGAAUCGGUUUUGGUGCAGGAUCAGGGUCAUCUGGUUCAGGUUCUACUGGAACCGGUCUCGGUGCAGGUUCCUUGCCUACCACUGGUGCAGGUGCAGGUGCUGGUCCAGCUCUUGGAGGUGGUGCAGGUACAGGUUCAGCUCUUGGUGGUGGUGCGGGUGCCGGUUCAGCUCUUGGUGGUGGUGCGGGUGCCGGUUCAGCUCUUGGUGGUGGUGCGGGUGCCGGUCCAGCUCUUGGUGGUGGUGGUGCAGGUGCUGGUCCAGCUCUUGGUGGUGGUGCAGGUGCUGGUCCAGCUCUUGGUGGUGGUGGUGUAGGUCCUGACAACACAUUGGUAUUUUUUAUGCACGAUAUACUCGGUGGUUCGAAUCCCACUGCCAGAGCCGUAACUGGAGUCGUCGCGAACCCGGCUUUAAGCGGCCAACUCCCAUUUGCUAAACCCAACGGCGCAAACCUUCCUGUAAGCAACGGAGUUCCGUCAAACAACAACAACAAUGGGAUUGUCAACAACAACAACGUCCCUUUCCUCGUUGGACUUGGCGGAACCACAGCUAACAUUCUCCAGAACAACAAUAACGGAAACAACAUUUUAAAUGGUUUCCCUGUUGCAAGUGGCGGUCAGCUCCCGAGCGGUUCUGCUCUUCAGAUGCUAAUGUUCGGGACAAUGACAGUAAUCGAUGAUGAACUAACCGAAGGCCAUGAACUCGGAUCUGGUUUGCUCGGGAAAGCACAGGGAUAUUAUGUUGCGAGUGCCAUUGACGGAACUAGCCAGACAUUGGCUUUCACUGCGAUGUUUGAAAGCGGCGGUUAUGAAGACAGUAUAAGCUUCUUUGGGGUUCUCAGAACAGCGGUUUCGGAAUCGCAUAUAGGAGUUAUGGGAGGUACCGGAAAGUAUGUGAAUGCAAGGGGAUUCGCGAUUCUGAAGACGUUUACAGGAUCUAGCGGGACGCAGCAAAAUCAGCCGCAUCAGUUCACUGAUGGGCUUGAGACUGUUCUCGAGUGUACCGUUUAUCUUACUUACUAGUUUUAUUUUUCUUCUUCUGUUGGAGUUUGGGAAUGUUUGGUGUGUAUGUGAUGUGUGUCCUUUGUAAUCUACAUAUGGAAACUUGUGUAAGAAAAUUGUAUUUACUUU